AUGACGGACAAGCCUUUUUUUUAUUCUUGCUAUCUACUUCGCUCAUGCCAACCAGGACGAAGAAUCCCAGCUUAUAUUGGAUCAACUCUUGACCCUUCUCGUCGUUUGCGCCAACACAAUGGACUAAUCAAAGGCGGAGCCCAGCAAACUAUCAAAUGGCGUCCAUGGGAGAUGGUUGCAAUUGUUUAUGGAUUCCCAAGCGACGUGACUGCACUUCAGUUUGAGUGGGCAUGGCAAAAUCCACAUAAAUCCCGACAUUUUAAAAAGGACCAAUUCUCAGAGACUAGAUCCAAUAUGGUUGUCAAGGGAAAACUCAAAGUCCUGUCCAAAAUGCUGCAUUUAGAGUACUGGGCUCGAUGGCCAUUGAAAAUCCAGUUUACUGUACUGGAUGUUCAAGAAAUGUUCAAAACUUUUCAAGCACCACCUCCACAUAUAGUUGUCACUUUUGGAUCGGUGAGCACGGUUAAUGUUGGAAUCGUGUCGCCAGAUAUACCAGAUUUACAAACAGAAACGGAUUGCAUCAUUUGUUAUGAAACACUCAAUUUGCAGGAUCAGUCCUCUUGGCUGAGAUGUUCCAGACCCAAAUGUAAAAUGCGUGGACAUUUGGUUUGUCUGUCUAGCUGGUUUAUCGAGGAAGAAUGCCAAUCAUUACAAGAUCGGCAGUGCAUGCAGCUGCUGCCAAUCAAUGGAACAUGUCCAAUUUGUCGACUGAAUCUCGUGUGGGGUGAUCUUGUGGCUGAUUUAAAACUAAGAGUUUCUGGAUUGGUUCAAGUGCGUAGUAGUAUAGAUGGAGAGUGUAUCGAUCCGAAUAGAGGCGAAACCAACUGCACUGACCUUGAUGCUGUAGAUAUAUCUGACGACGAUUUGGUUAUUGAUCUAAAUGAUUUUAUUUCAAAUGCGUCACUCUUGGAUACACCAUAUGCGUCUGGAUCUAGUAGAUGUAUUGAUACUGAAAGUGCGGCUCGGUCUGUGUUAAAACCCUCUGGAUCGCAUCGGUCUUGUGCACCAACUUCUGAUAAUGGUUACAUGCAUCAGCCUGCACCAUCAUCAAGAUGUAUUUCCAAUAGAAGCGCCAGUAGUAUUAGACAGACUCUGCCUUCUCGUCCUAUGCCAAUAACCAUAACACUGCUGGACGAUAGUGAUAAUGAGAGUGGUCAUGUCCAAUCCAAAAUAACGCGUAGAUCCACUGCCUCGUCGAAUUUGGUGCCAAGCAUUGGAAGCAAUCCCUCAAGCCAUAAUGGUACAACCAGAUUGACAAACACUCGCCAACUGGCUGACCACCAAGAGCUUACUUCUGAUGAUGAUGAUGACCUGUUGAAUGCAUUGCUUGUUGGCAAUCGUUGA